UUAAACAAGUGCAACUUUCGAUGACGUUUUUCUCACAGCACAAAAUCUCCGACAAAUUUUGACAGAAAAACACUGCGAUAUCAAACCUUUUUCGCAAUAUUAUUGAUAGGUGUCAUCGUCAAAAUAAAUAUUUUCGACGCUCUUCACAUAUCAGUUAGUUAAGACUGAGGUGCGAAUUAGUGACCAAGGACACCAACUAUGAAGCAUUGACUUUUCUGCAUUAAAUCAACACCUCAAAAGUCAUUCACAAUGAGUCACUCAAGUGGGAAACACCCUUCGCAGUAUGAGACCGUGGAGGUGGGAGAUUCCACAUUUACCAUCCUGAAACGUUACCAAAACCUGCGACCUAUUGGGUCUGGUGCUCAGGGAAUCGUUUGUGCUGCAUACGACACAAUCACAGACACCAAUGUUGCCAUCAAGAAAUUGAGUAGACCAUUCCAGAACGUCACACACGCUAAACGAGCGUACAGGGAAUUUGUCCUCAUGAAAUUAGUGAACCACAAAAAUAUCAUUGGUUUGUUAAACGCAUUCACUCCACAGAGGUCUCUGGAAGAAUUCCAAGAUGUGUAUCUAGUCAUGGAGCUGAUGGAUGCCAACCUGUGCCAGGUGAUCCAGAUGGAUCUAGAUCAUGAGAGGAUGUCCUACCUGCUCUACCAGAUGUUGUGUGGUAUCAAGCACCUCCACUCUGCCGGCAUCAUUCACAGGGACUUAAAACCUUCCAACAUCGUUGUGAAGUCUGAUUGCACGUUGAAGAUCCUGGACUUUGGUCUAGCUCGGACUGCCGGUACCGGGUUCAUGAUGACCCCCUAUGUGGUCACCAGAUACUACAGGGCACCAGAGGUCAUACUUGGCAUGGGCUAUAAGGAGAACGUGGACAUCUGGUCAGUGGGCUGCAUCAUGGCCGAGCUGAUUCGUGGUGGAGUAAUGUUCCCUGGCAGCGAUCAUAUUGAUCAAUGGAACAAAAUCAUUGAACAGCUUGGCACGCCUUCCCAAGAAUUCAUGAAGCGUCUGCAGCCAACGGUGAGAAACUACGUAGAAAACCGUCCCAAAUACGCGGGGUACAACUUCGAGAAGCUUUUCCCAGACGUGUUAUUCCCACCGGACAGCACGGAGCAUCAAGGCUUAAGAUCAUCGUAUUCAAGAGACUUGCUUUCGAAAAUGUUAGUGGUGGAUCCGGACAAGCGGAUAUCCGUCGACGACGCGCUGAUGCACCCGUACAUAAAUGUGUGGUACGAUGAAUCAGAAGUGAAUGGGGCUGCGCCCGGUGCCUACAACCAUGCUGUGGAUGAGAAGGAACACACGGUAGACCAGUGGAAAGAGCUGAUUUACAAUGAAGUGAUGGAAAACGAGAUGCAUGAAAAAUCUCCUGGUAUGCAAAACCACACAUCAGCAGGUGAAAAAAUUUAAAUGUGCUGAGGGUGCAACAAACAACGAGGUUGCUAUGGAUGCCAUGGCUGCUAGCAACAAAGGGAGAUAACCACUGGGAUACCAUAGAAACUUUUUUCUAAUGCCUUUCUUAAGGCACCUGCUGACCGGUCAUCGCUUAUGUUUGGAGUCAGUUUGUUGACUGCUUUUACAACAUGGCUGGGCUAUUGUGGAUUGGUGGAAGAAUAAGUCAUCAUUUUGUUAAAACUGAUUUCUGAGGGAAAUGUGUUAAGAUUUUUCAUUCUGUAAAAUAUAUUUCAUACAUAAGUUAGAUCGUGCACAUGUUAUAUAAAUGAACAUCAAGAAUCACAUGAUGUAUUUGAAUAGAUCUGAAAUGGUGUGUUUUUUGGCAAAAUAGUCAGUGGCAAAAAACAUUUGGGUAUAUUUGAUGAAAAAAACACAGGGAUAUUGGAAAAUAAAUGUUGUCGUUUUUCGCGCACAUAAAACCUUGUUGUAAAAUGGUAAUAGAGAAUUAGAAACGCGUGACAGUCAAUAUUUGAUACUGAUGCAUGUAUUCACUUAAUGUAGGGGAUGGCAAUAUAAAGACUUAAAUUAAUUGAACUGAAGACAUAUGAGUCCCGCUCUGGUAGAAUUGGGUUUAAUGCAAGUGGGUAGUGUUGUCCCAGAUAAGCCUGUGCAGUCUGCACAGGCUUAUUAGGGAUGGGUUUAAUGCAAGUGGGUAGUGUUGUCCUGCAGACCACACAGGCUUAUCAGGGAAGAGACUUUUGGCUUUUAUGGAAUUUUUCGUUAAAAUGGAGUUUCUUUUAAACAGAAUUCCAUUCUAGGGGGAAAGUGUCCUCCCUGAUUAGUCUGCGGGACUGCACAGGCUAAUCUGGGACGAUACUUAAUGCACAUGGAUGAAGCCCCAUUUUUCCAGAACAAGGCACAUAAUAGCUGUACACAUUGAUUGUGGUUUAUAUUGUACUAAUGCAAAAUACCUCACAGGACAAUUGUAGAAACUUCCUUCUCCCUAAGUGUAGUAAAAACCGUACAGUGUCAUUUGUUUAGAAAGUAGAUUUCUGUAAAUAUGCGAACAUGUGCAAUGUGCUUUUUAGAUUGUUUGAUAAUUGUUUGUUAUUUUAGAUGGUAUGAUAAAUUUUUAUUUUAAAUUGUAUAAUAUAUCGUUCGUCAGAUUGUUUUAAGUUGAGGUUGAGCAAAGCUCGCACACCGUGUUUGUUGUUUCAAACCCAUUAUUAAUAGAAUCUAAGAUGUAUAUACCUGAUGAGACAAAUGAAGUUGUUAAUGUUUAGAUUGUUAGAAAUAGGACAGAAAAUGGUUAUUAUUUAGAGUUAAGACUACCUUGAUACUAAUUCUCUGUUCAAGUAUUUCCACAAAGGCAAAAUCAUUCAUGGAUUUUCUGCAAAAAUGAAAACUUCAAAUAAGCUAUUUCUCAUAUGUUUUAAUUCUGAAGAUUGCUAAUAAGACUAUUUGCUCCUGUAAGUUUUAGCAUGCCUCACAGUGAAAUUGGUAUUUAUACCACUAAUAUUUAAAUGACUUAUAAUGAAAAAUGUUCAAUAUUUGUACAAGGUUGAAAACAUAAAUGCCCAGCAAAUAAAUUUAUUUAAAAAAAUUCCAGUCAUAGUGGAAGUAAUUUGUGUAAAGUUAUGAAAACAUGUCAUUACCGGUAUUAAAUGUUACACAAGUCCAAAACCCAAAACUUUAACCCUUUCAGUGCUGGAACCGAAUUUUGAAGGCCUUUGCAAACAAUUUGAAUCCAGAUGAGACGCCACUGAUUGUAUUCUUUGAAAAAAAAUGAAGAAAAUGCUAAUUUUAGAAAUUCAGCAGACAACAUUUUAGCAGACGGCAAAUUUCCCAGCAUGCAAAGGGUUAAAAAUGCGUGUUUAGUGACAAGUUGGCACUCUUGUUAGGGAAUUGUGUUGAUUGAUUAUUGUGUCAGUUAUAUAGUGUAACAUAAUGGCUUGUCAUUCCUUGUCAAUUGGUCUUGUGAGUGUGAACAUUGUUUGGAAUCUUAUUUUAGCUUUAUUUGUACGAUAAUCAUAUAUAGAACAUGUACAUUUUCAUGUAAAUAAGUGUUUUCAUGAGGUUUGCAAGUGUGCAGUUUAGUUUACAGCAUUUGAGUUGUUAAUGAUUUUAAUUUGAUGUAAGUUAAGUUCCAUUCAUUUUCAUUCCAUGUGAUUAACAACUAAUUGAAACCCUUAAAUAUUAAAUAAAUUAUAAAUAUAAAGAUGGUUGGUGAUUGUGCUUAAAAAAAUAUGUAUUUAAAAAAAAAUACAUCUAACAAAUAAUUUCUUUAAUUUUACCAAGUACUUUUAUGUAACAGUAUUUUUAAGUAAUAUAUAUUGAGAAUUAUUAAGAAGACUGUUGUUUUUAUUCAAUUCACAUAAAAUGAGUUUCAGUGGAUGUGCAUUUAAAACUGAUAAAUGGCAACGUCUUUACUGUACAAAAGCUUUAUUAAAUAAUUGCUAGAAGAUUGUUUUAAUUAUUUACUUGUGUUUUAAUAGUUCACUUGUGUUUUAAUAAUUCACUUGUGUUUUAAUAAUUCACUUGUGUUUUAUUAAUUCACUUGUGUUUUAAUAAUUCACUUGUAGCGUUUUACAAUUGUAAGUUGUAUUUCAAUUUUGAACGAAUAAAUUGAAGUGUUUUAAACACCUUUACCCAGAUUGGAUUCGAUGCCUUCCUGUUUGUAUUAUUUAUGAAUUUUUUCAUAUCCUUAGCCAGGGCCUUAUCUUAAAAAAUGCCCAGGUAAUAUUUUUUUUCUAAAUAAGUAAUAACACAUUGUUUUUGAAAUCUGUAAUGGUCAUUAUACAUUGGUCGAUAUAGUAAUGAGCCAUAUUAAAUUGCCCAAUUGAUGCAAAAAGGUACCAUGUGGCAUUACAUUUUAAUGUUACAUGGUACCUUUUUGCAACAAGGGGGCGAUAUGUUCAGAGUGUUAUUUCACAUUCCAUGUAUAAAACGUUUCUCUGUUGGCUUAUAUAUUGUAUCACAGAUUAAACCUUUCCCACUCAGAAACAAAGUGAAAAUGGCUAUGUGCAAACAGCAUAAAACCAGAACAGUAUGCGAGUAACUCGCAUUCUGUUCAGGUUUUAUGCUGUUUGCUGCUCAUCAGUAUCUAAGGGUUGGAAAUGAAACCUGUACAAGUUGAAUUUUGUAAGAAAGGUCUUUAAUUAAAUAUUACUUUCUAAGGGACUACAAAUGCGUCAAAAUACGUAUCUUAGUGGUAAAGGAUUACCGGUAAGUGAUUGGGAUGAGUUGCUAUAAACUCUAAUUUUUAUAGUUGCUCAAAAAUUGCUAAUUAAACAAACAAGAUUGCUUAAUAAAACACAGUGAUUUACACAACACUUUUGUGAGCUGACUUUUAAUGUUUACCGAAAUUCAAAACGAGUAUUUUGAUUUUAUUUAAAAAUGUUUGAUUUUGUUUAAAUUAUUUACUUUUUAUGUAUAUGUUUGUGUGUUUAGCUUUUCAUGGUUUGAGCUUCUUCACUCAGAAACCUUGUUGGUUUUCAUUGUGAUAGGAUGUGAUAACAAUUAAUUGUAUAUUUUAAUUUUAACAAAAGACGCUUUUUACUUUCCAUAAAAUGUAUUCUACUAACACACCCUUGUAUCAUUUCUACGUGGAUCAUAAUACAGAUAUUGAGAGGAAUUCAUGUCAAAUGCAGGCAUGUUUACAAAUUGACUCAACUCUUGUUUUUUAAAGCUUUAAAAAUUAAAUCAUCCAUGAAAUUUUUUCGUAUAUUUUUUAUAUUCAUGUAAAAGGAUAAUCGUAAAAACAUUAGUUUCAUUUAUGCCCAUGCAAAAUUUUGUCCGAGAAAAUAUUGUAUAAAUAAAAGGACUUAUUGAAGAAUGAAAUUAUGCCAAUUGAAUGCCAGAAAAAGUUGUUUAACUUUUCAGUUAAACAUCAAAAAAGUGUCCCAAUUGAAGAUUGAUUGUUUUAACGAUUGUCAUCUUCAUGAAUCUCUUUUAUAUUUUUGUUUUUAAAAGAAUUCAUGAUAAAAAUCAUCUAGGACAUGACUCAAAAUUUCUUUACUUAGCAUAACAAAAAACUAAAGAUAUCACUUGCAUGUUUCCCACAACCUAUUAACCUAUUUAUGCCUAGCGUCUAGAAUAAAUGCCUUGGUAAACAGCGUAGACCCAGAUGAGACAUCGCAUGAUGCAGCGUCUCAUCAGGGUCUGCGCUGUUUGCCUAAAGGAAUUUCUGUAAGAUAUAUUCUAAAUAUAGAAAUAAAUAUACUAGACAUCCCCAAUUUUGGAAAUAAAUUGAUCCAAUUUAGAAGGAUGUGAGAGUCCACUAGGCAUAAAUGGGUUAACAUCACAUCCAUCACACUGUCUCAGUUCAUGAUGCUAUUUAUUGUUUGGUGCCUUUCAUCCUUUCUAUUAGAUUACGGUACAUAUGUAUUUUGUGUUUAUGUUUCGUGCUGGUCUGUUAAAUGUUCACAUGCAAAUGCUUGAUAGCAAAACAUUAAUUAAAGCUUCUUAUUGGCCGUCUGGUUAGUGCAGUGGUUGGUACACCGGCUUCACUUUUAGGGGACCCGGGUUCCACCCCAUUCCAGUAAGCAUGUGAGUUUGGUUGGUGGUCACCGUACUGGACAGGUGGGUUUCCUCAGGGUACUCUGGCCUCUUACCCGCAGCCCAAGACCACACCAAAAUGUAAGCUCUUUCAGUAUACGCUAAAUAGAAGGAAAUUGCUAUAAUGUAAAAUUCAUCCAAACUUUCAUGAGUCUAGAAAGUGUAUUGGGUAGGAGUGCUGAGAACCCUCUGGGUCUGCACAUAAUGCAGUUUCAGGCGUGGAAGGACAUCACAAAUUUCUAAAUACAGUGGGCCUUUAUUCACAAACCCAUUCUUAGACUAAUAUUAACUUUAAGAAUAUUCUUACAAUUGCAAACACUACUUGAACUUGAAGGUGAGGUCUAUCAUGGCAGUAAACACCUAUUAUUAUAUUCUUCUUCUUUUAGAACAAGAUGUUAAUGGAAUAAGCACCAUUUUUAGCCUGUAUGUACAAUGUAGGCAAACUUUUACGGUAAUUGAGUCUUGUUCUGAGAAAAAUUGGAAUAAUGCAUGUGCGUAACGUGUCGUCCCAGAUUAGCCUGUGCGGAUUAUAAUCAGGGACGACACUUUCUGCCUAAACUUGAUUUUUGGUAAGGAGGGACUUCCUUGAAACUAAAAAUACCACAAAAGCGGAAAGUGUCAUCCCUGAUAAGCCUGCGGGAAUACGGGCCCUGGUCGUACCAAGCAAGUUUCAAUGCAUCACAUGAAUUGGUAUCUUAGAAGUAUGAUAAAACAUUCACAUGCUGUAGGAAAACAAUAUAUUGAAUAAUUAUUAAUUGGUAAUUAUUCUACUUUAAUUCUUUCUAAUUCAAUUUAAGUGAAGCAAUUGUUCUCGUUAAGGAUUUUGUUGUGGUUUUAUGGUAAUUUUGUUAUAAAAAUAACAUUUUUGUGAAAAAUUAAAGCUUCUUAUGUACUGGUAUAUGUGUAACACUAUGUUGUUUUUUUGUGCAUUAGAUGUCUCAACAUAAGUGUAAAUAUAUUUAAUAUAAUCUUAUACUGUGCAUAGUAAUAAUUGUAAACCAGUCCUGUUAUGCAUUUCAGCAAAAAACAGUGUUUUUCUCUUAUAUAAUUUUAGUGUUGAUUAACUUGUAGAAAAUGGUUUGUUUUAUGCGAUAUGGCAUUAUAUGAAAACUUUAUAAAAAACAUGUGUUUAAGACAGAAUUCUAGAAAAAUAAAUAUGUUUUUGUGUUCAAAUAAUAUUAUAUCAGUUCAAUUAAAUUUGAGUUUGGUUGGCGAGUUCAAAUUCUAUGUUUUAGUUUGUUUUGAUUUUAGGUUGUGAGUUUUAUUAGAAAACUGUUAAGUUGUUUGUAUUGUUUUAUGUUAUUUCCAUAUUCUAUUACAUUGAAGUCACAAUCUGGGAAAACUGGGCUUAAUGCAUGUGGCUUAAGUGUUGUCAUAUGGGCCAUGUUUUGUGAAAAGGGGGCUUAAUGCAUGUGGCUUAAAGUGUCAUCCCAGAUUGCACAAGCUAAUCGGGGACUACACUUUCAGCUUUUAUUAUAUUUUUCGUUUACAGAUAGUCUUUUCUUUGCACAAAUCCAGUUUAGGCGGCAAGUGUCCCUGAAUAGACUGUGCGGACUGCACAGGCUAAUCUGGGACAACACUUUACGCACAUGCAUUAUAUCCUUUUUUCACAGAGCAAGGCUCAUAUAUAAGCCUGUGCAGGCUUAUUGGGGACACCACUUUGGCUUGAAUGGAAUUUUUCAUUUAAAGAAAGUCGCUCUACCCAUACUGGUCGUGUACGUAAUUCCGGCCACUUUUGGGACUAUUUUAACAAAAUCUUUUGUCUUAGGCAACUGGUUGAAAUUAAACUUCACAUAUAUAAUCCUGGGUUCAUAACAUCCCUAGCAUGAAAAUUUUAAUAGAAUUAGAUCAGUGUAUGUUACUUUUAUCAACAAAAAUUAAUGACAUAUUAACUAUCAAUUUUCGUAGGGCUAUUGUACCUAAAAAAUCGGCCACUUUUCAGUUUAAUCUGCAGGUACAACUACAAAGCAAUAUCUUUAGACAAAUGUCCUCAUUUUAAGAGUAUUAAUAAAGGUUUACACAAACAAAAAAUUUCGACUUGAAACUUAAAAUAUGUGCGACAUAUACCAGUUACUCCCCCUACCUAUUUUAAUAAAUAUAAACAGGCACUGUUAAUGGGGAACUGCAAAAUCAUAAAAAAAAUAUUUAUUUUUAAUAGUUUUUAUCAACUUUUUCUAACAUAGCUAAGAAAGUAAAAACAUUUUGUCUAAAAAGUUGACUUUAGUGUCGAUUUUUAGGAAAAGCUUAUAUUUAAUUUUACAACGUGUAACCUAUAAAUAUUCUAAUCAAGGGAGGUACUAAGUAAUUAAUAUAUUAAAAGUUUAUAUUUAGGUCCUGAUUUUUAUGUUUUAAAUGUAGGUUUUAUACAAUUAAUUGAAAAUACCUUAAUUAAAGUUUAUCAGAUAGAAAUAAUAAUAAUUUUAUCAAAUAUAUUUGUUUCUUAUAUGAAUAUAAUUUUCGCUAUGGAUGAUGAGUUCACUUUUCCCAUGUUUUUAGACAUUUUAAUGCAGACGUUUACAGUGAUAUGCGUCUUUAAUUUGCAAAAUAUUGAGAGUAGGGUUGGUUUUCAAGUUGAUUGUUAAACAAAUAAUCAAAUUAUGUGUGUUUAGAUCAUGAAAAUGAUUAAACACAGGUGGUCUAUUUUUUACGUACAGGCCGGAAUUACGUACACGAACAGUAUGUGGUCUAGGAGGAGUGUCCUCCCUGAUUAUCCUUUUGCAUACUGCAAGGUUACUUUGGGACAAUACUUUCACAGUCAUUAAGCCUAGGUUUCCAAGAGUGUGGCUUACUUUAUUUUUGUUUGAAUGCUUGUAAAAAUUCUAUGAUCUUUUGCAAGCAUCUCUGAGGGUUUACUUGUAUUUCAUACUUUCUACAUUACACUGCUGUAUCUUCAUAAGAUAGCCGAGUCAAGACACCAAUUUUGAGUUACAGAUGGUACAUUUUCAGUUAUGUAGAGCUAUGAAGAGCUAUGAAAAUGAGUUGAAUAUUCAUGCCAUAAACAUAUUGUAUCUUGGAGUGUUGCAAGUCUAGAUGCUUAUUUGUUGGGGUUAUGUGCAUAUGAACUGUUGUAAAAAAGUACCAUUUGGUAUCAAUCUGAUCUUGAUAUAAAAUAAAAAUGAUUGUAGAGCAUAA